CUCAUGGACAUCGUGGCUACCUAGGUUGGACCAAGACAGCGUCGUAUAAAGACCUGGUGGGAUCGCCUCUCUUGGAUACAACAUCAGCAUCACAAUCGCUACAGUCUCAGUCUCAGUCUCCAAUAGAUCGUCCAAGUUCCAAUCGUUCGUCCAUCUACUCACACAACAUCACCAUGCUCUUCACCACUCUCUCCUCGCUCCUCCUCCUGGCCGUCAGCGCCGCCGCCUCGCCCACUCCGGCCCCGCAAUUCAACCACCUCCUUCACAGCAGCACCACCGGCGGCCUCGACUUUGUCCCAGGCAUCACGAUCCCGCCCGUGUGCAUCACGACGCCGAUCAGCAUAGAGUCCGGCAUAACCUGCCCGGGCAAGCUCGCCUCGGGCAACACACUCGUCACCGCACGGCACAUCGUCGUGAACGGGCUGACAGGCGCAUCCAAGAAAAUGUCCAACGUGCUCUCUGCGGGCUGGUUCUUCGAGUCCAAAGAGAACCGCACGUACGAGGAGAGCACGCUAUCGAUCUUCGACUUCCCCGGCGGCCACGACGGCGCCCAGUGCCGCUUCCAGUUCAUCACCGACGGACAGUCAGACGGUGGCGAUCUCGUCGAGGCUGCCGUCAGGAUCUACAACGUGUGGGCGCUGCAGGAGCACAGUGGCGUCGUCGGCGAGGACAGCACGUACAACAAUAAGCCGGCGAGGACCGAGGUCGUCGCCGCGUUCACCACUACCUUUAAGGAUGAGAGCUACAUCACCGAGAACGGAAAGCAUGUACACUCGUUCGUCUAUGGCCCCGGCGAGAAGUCGUUGAGCAGCCAGCCGGCGGCGACGUUCCCGUGCCCGAAGGGUGGAAAGGUCGCAUACGAGGUGGCGAGCGCGAUGAAGACGAGCGGGAAAAACGACGGCAACAACAUCAAUAUCAACGGCCACUCGGGACUCGGGAUCGAGAUUAUUGGGGUUAAGAGCGCGUGGCCGUAGAGGGUAGCUUCUUGGUUGUGAGAUGGGCUUGCAUGUAUCCGGCGUUUUUGUUUUCGUGUUCAAUAAUGUUUAUUAGUGGUUGUAUGUAAUGAGGUAUGUAGAUACUUUAUGAAGAGGAGUUUAUCGAAUGAAGAGG